GCUGGUUAAGCGGACAAGUAACCUCUCGACUACUUCUUGCAUAUUUCCUCACUGCCUCCUUCGGAUUUCCCCAAAUUUAAGAGUUUUGUUUUGUGCUUUUUAUAUAAGCCUACUCUUUACGUCCUAUACUGUUCCCGUAUAUUCUCAUGAAUAUUUAUGCUACUUCAUCGACGCAGCAAAUCAGCUGAGCUCCUCCUGCAUACGUUUAUUCUGUAAUUCACGAAUUUACAUCUGUCAGUCCCUGCGCUAGUAUCCCGCAUCCGCGGUUUAUCGGAACAUCUCAGUUUUUUGAAAUAAUCUAAAUUCUGUCAUGGCCAAAUGGGGAGAGGGAGACCCGCGCUGGAUUGUGGAAGAAAGAGCAGAUGCGACAAAUGUCAAUAACUGGCACUGGACAGAGAGAGAUGUCACAAGCUGGUCUCAAGAUGCAAUAAAUGGUCUCCUUCUUGGGCUUCGUGUAGAGGGUGAAGCAGGCUCAUGCGAGAUCACAGACGUAACCAAUAUAGAUGGCGAGGCCUCUAUCAACAACCGCAAAGGGAAACUCAUCUACUUCUAUGAGUGGGUUGUUAAAGCCUCGUGGACUGGUACAAAUAAAAUGGGAAUCAAAUAUAAAGGCACUGUGGAAAUACCAAAUCUCUCGGAUGAAAAUGACAUGGAUGACUUAGAUAUUUCUGUUUCGCUCUGUAAAGACCAGCCAAGCACACCGCUGACUGAUCUCAUGAGAAAGGAGGGAGUCAAGAAAAUCAGAAUGGCACUGGGCAACUAUGUCAAGCAUCUCAAAACAGAGUUCUCUCAGGGUAUGAUUUUACCAACAGAAAAAGCGCUCAACAAACAGAACGAGGAGACACAAGCCAAGGUCCAACUAGACAAAACCCAAAUUGGAUCCUCCACAACAAAAAAUGCUCCCAACACUGGAGUUAAAAUUUCAACAGUGUCUUUAACAAUGAAAGACAGCUUCCUUACCUCACCAGAAGAGCUGUACAGAGUUUUCUUAACCCAAGAGAUGGUACAAGCAUUUACACACCUUGCUGCUUUUGUGGAUGGGUGCUCGGGUGGCAAAUUCCGGCUGCUGGAAGGAAAUGUUCUUGGGCAGUUUGCAGAACUGAUCCCAGACCAGAAAAUUGUCAUGAAAUGGAGGUUUUCAAGUUGGCCAGCUGGACACGCAGCAACCGUCAUUUUAAAUUUCAUCAAUCAAGGCAGUGAGACAGAGCUUAUUAUGGAGGCCAGAGGAGUCCCCAGCAAUGAGGAGGAAAGAAUGAAAGAGGGCUGGCAGAGAUACUAUUUUGAUGCCAUUAAACAGACAUUUGGUUAUGGAGCACGUCUCUGCUGAGCCAGUGUUAUGCCAUGCCAGAAACUCGGGACAUAAUACAAAUAACUUAAAAAGAAGAAAGGACACCUGUGAACAUGUGCCACUUGUUGUAUACCCUACCUGCACUAGUUAAAUACCCACAAACAUCUGUGCCUUUACAAUGAAAAACAGGCUCCUAGAUUCUUUUUGUAUUUGUUAUUGCAAUUGCAUUAGAGCUUAUGUUAUGUUUGAAAGUAACAUAUAUGUUUGAAUGUUAUAUCUGGGCAUUCCAGAUAUAGAUAAUGAAGUAUUUAAAAUAUUUUAUAUGUGAAAAUAUGUUUGCCUGUGAUGAAGUGAAAGUGGCAUUGAUUGUAUGAUCAUGAUACCUCUUAAACACAUUGUCAAGUCUGAGUUGUAAUAAAAUAAUAAAACGAGAAAUAAAUGUUUUAA